AUGUCUUACUCGCAAACGGCAGUCCGUUUCUUUACAACACCCAAACCACUGGGCGAUGCCAUGAACGCCGACCCAAACUCAAAGAUGACCGAGUCCAACGCCCAGCCCCAGUCUGAGGGCCAGAGCCAGGCCCAUACGGUCGUAAAACCGAAUGUAUCGACCACGGGACCCUCAUCAGAGGUUGCAGAACUGCACAAGCCGAAGAGCCAGGGCUUGACUUUUGCGAACCAGGAUUCCUUGCCUAAGCUGCCUAUUCCUGAUCUUGAGGAUACCUGUCGCAGACAUAUUGAUGCGCUGCAGGCCCUGCAGGGUCCCAGGGAGCAUGAGGAUACCAAGGCUGCUGUACGGGAUUUCUUGAAGAAUGACGGGCCGAUCUUGCAGGAGAAGUUGAAGACUUAUGCGGGGUCGAAGACGAGUUAUAUUGAGCAGUUCUGGUAUGAUUCAUAUUUGAACUUUGAUAAUCCUGUUGUUCUCAACCUCAAUCCAUUCUUUCUUUUGGAAGAUGACCCGACGCCCGCUAGAAACCAUCAGGUGACUCGCGCUGCAUCUUUGGUUAUUUCAGCCUUGGCGUUUGUUCGGGCUGUGCGCCGGGAAGAGUUGCCUCCUGAUACUGUGCGAGGAAUUCCGCUCUGCAUGUAUCAGUACUCUCGCCUUUUUGGAACCGCUCGUCUUCCCACGGAGAAUGGAUGUGUCAUCAGCCAGUAUCCCUCAGCCAAGCACUUGGCUGUUAUGUGUCGCGGCCAGUUCUACUGGUUUGACGUGCUGGAUGAUAACAGUGACUUGAUCAUGAGCGAGAAGGAUAUCUCGGUUAACCUGCAGGUUAUUAUUGAAGACGCUUCGCAGACACCUAUUCACCACGCAGCAAAGGGCGCUUUGGGUGUUCUCAGUACGGAGAACCGAAAGAUUUGGUCCGGGUUGCGGGAUAUCAUGACCAAAGAUCCGAGUUCCAACAACGCCGAGUGCUUGAAUAUCGUCGAUACCGCGCUUUUCGUUCUGUGUCUUGAUGACACGGAGCCAUCUACCACAGCUGCGCUCUGUGCCAACAUGCUCUGCGGUACAAGUGAAGUAAUCAAGGGUGUCCAAGUCGGAACCUGCACCAACCGGUGGUAUGACAAGCUCCAGAUCAUAGUGUGCAAAAACGGCAGCGCGGGUAUCAACUUCGAGCACACUGGCGUAGACGGGCACACAGUUCUCCGCUUCGCCAGCGAUGUGUACACCGACACGAUCCUGCGCUUCGCCAAAACUAUCAACGGUCAAGCCCCAAGCCUUUGGACAACAAGCAGUCCCGACCCAGCAAAGCGUGACCCACGCAGCUUUGGCAACGUUAGCACCACACCCCGCAAGCUAGAAUGGGACAUGACGCCCGAGCUAAACAUCGCCCUCCGCUUUGCUGAAUCCCACCUCUCCGACCUCCUCGGCCAGCACGAAUUCCAAGUCCUCGACUUCGAAGGCUAUGGUAAGAACUUCAUCACCUCAAUGGGCUUCUCGCCCGAUGCCUUUGUCCAAAUGGCCUUCCAAGCUGCCUACUACGGCCUCUACGGCCGGGUAGAGAACACCUACGAACCCGCCAUGACAAAGAUGUUCCUCCACGGCCGGACAGAAGCAGUGCGCACCGUCACACCGGAAAGCGUGAACUUCGUCAAAGCCUUCUGGGGCGAGAACGCAGCCGAACAAAAGGUUGACGCCCUCCGCGCCGCAACCCAAAAGCACACCGCCAUGACAAAAGACUGUUCCAAAGGCCAAGGCCAAGACCGACAUCUCUACGCCCUCUACUGCCUCUGGCAACGCUCCUUCGACGAAGGCCUCUUCCUCGACGCAGGCUCAACAGGCGGAUACUCAAGCCCAGGCGAAGCCUCCUCGUCCCCAAGACCUGAGUCACCCAAACUCUCCUCCGAACCACCCUACUCAGACGAUGGCAUGUCUUCACCGAGCGGAAGCAGCACCCGCUACCGCACAACAACAGCGCCCACACCGGCAAUCUUCAGUGACGCAGGCUGGGACAAGAUAAACAACACUGUCCUAUCAACCUCGAACUGCGGAAACCCAUGCCUACGACACUUCGGCUUUGGUCCUACAUCCGCUGACGGUUUCGGAAUCGGGUAUAUCAUCAAAGAUGAUUCGAUUUCUUUCUGUGCUUCGUCUAAACAUCGCCAGACGUCCCGUCUUAUGCAUACCCUUGAAUCUUACCUCUUUGAGAUUCGGAAGUUGUUGCGCGCUACUAAUCGCAAGACUACGAGCCCGCGUACCAGCCGCGCCCGUGAGACGGAGGCUUUGGCUGAUGAUUUGCAGUCUGAGUCGAAUAGACGGGGGAGGCUUGUUCGUCCUGGAGGUGGUGAUAGGGCUGGUGUUGAUACGCCUACUUCUGCGGCGGAUAGUGGGUACAUGGAGGAUGAUGGGAUGGGUGGAUAUGGUUUCUUCGAUGCUGGUAUGCUUCUUCAUGCUUUGAAGGGCCUUAAUGCCGAGCGGGAAUCGCGUGGGAAACAAGCAACAGCCAACGUCAAGGAAUCCCUAGAAUGGGGGACGAAGAUUGUCGGUGGCGUCAAGCCAGGUGUCGAAGGUGAACAUUUGGGAUUACCAGUUUUUCCGUCUGUUAGAGUGGCACAAGAAAGAGCAAAACCAGAUGCAUCAGCCAUCUACGUCCCAGGCGCACAAACCGCCCAAGCAAUCGAGGAAGCCAUCGAAGCGGAGAUUCCGCUUGUUGUUGCUGUUGCGGAACAUGUUCCUAUCCAUGAUAUUCUUCGGAUCCACUCAAUACUAAAAACCCAGUCCAAAACCCGCCUUGUAGGCGCCAACUGCCCAGGCAUAAUAUCCGCCAUAGGAAAAUGUCGCAUAGGCUUCCAGCCACUGCCCUGCUUCGCACCGGGGAAUGUAGGCAUAGUGGCUAAAUCGGGGACAUUGAGUUACGAGACCGUUGCGUCGACGACGCGCGCGGGACUGGGCCAGAGUCUUUGUAUUAGUAUGGGUGGGGAUGUACUUGCGGGUACUAACUUUGUUGAUGGGUUGAGGAUCUUUGAGGAUGAUCCUGAUACUGAGGGAAUUAUUUUGGUUGGGGAGAUUGGGGGCACGGCGGAGUUGGAUGCUGCAGAGUGGAUUAGGGGGUAUCGGGCUAGGGUGAGGGAUCCUAAGCCUAUUAUGGCGCUUGUUGGUGGGCGUGAGGCUCCUCCUGGUCGCAUUAUGGGCCAUGCUGGGGCUUGGGCUGCACCUGGUGAACCUGAUGCUGAGACCAAAUAUCGUGCACUUGAGCGUGCUGGCGCGGUUAUGGUUGAUCAUCCCGAGAAGUUUGGUGCUGGGAUGAAGGCGUUGUUGAACAGUCGGGCUAGUCGCCCGGGAAUGGGUUCAAUCGCUGGAGUAGGCUCCCAAAGGCGAGGUUUGCAUACUAUGAGACGAGUAGCUCCAGUCUUGAGAUCGAUUCCCAACCAAAAACGCGGUCUAUACAUCAAGCAGUUUCAGGCAUUUGAUCUCCUCAAGCAGAAGUCCGUCCCAGUCAAUGAAACGUCUUCUGACUCUGAUUUCUCUGUCUCUAUUGCUGUUGAUCGAACAGCUUUAUCUCCAUGCAUCAUUGCAUCACCGACUGCUGAGUUUGACCCGACAAAGUCGCGCAAGUUUCCUUUCCCGUACACCCAAGCCGAGUUUGAUGGAAGCCCUAUUAUUGCCGACGCUGCUUCGCACUUGGGUUUGUCGGCUUCUGGUAAUGAGAAGCUUGCCGGCUUGGUGCAAUCCCUUUGGGAAAUCUAUAAGGAGAAAGAAGCCUUCGUUCUGGAGACACGGGUUGGUAUCUCUGCUGGUGGAUCACCGGAAGUCCACGGUGCUCGGUUUGGAUUCGAUGAUGCGGCAUAUCGCAGCUCAGGUCGUCAGGAGGGAAUUCACAAGUUGAGAAAUACUUCCGAGGAGGUUCCGGAAGAAGUUGAAGCUGAGAAGGAUGGCAUUGUCUAUGUCAAGCUGGAAGGUGAAGGCAGCGUUGGCACGCUAGUAAACGGAGCCGGCCUCGCCAUGAAUACAGUAGACGCCCUAACAAUACACGGCGGUCACUGUGCCAACUUCCUUGACACAGGUGGCAAAGCCACAUCCGAAACAGUCAAAUCAUCAUUCCGAGUAAUCUGCUCUGAUGCGCGCGUCAAAGCGAUCUUCGUCAACAUCUUCGGGGGAUUAACUCGCUGCGAUAUGAUUGCCGAGGGGAUCAUUUUGGCGUUCCGGGACCUGAAUAUGCAGGUUCCUGUUGUUGUGCGAUUGCGUGGUACAAAUGAGGAAUUGGGGCAGAAGAUGAUUGCGGAGAGUGGGCUCCCUUUGCAUGCUUUUGAUGGGUUUGAGGAGGCUGCGAAGAAGGUUGUUGCUUUGGCUAGGGGGUAG